AUGGGAUUUGCCUUCCCGAACAAGACUCGGGGCCCACUAGGUGGCGUGUUAUCUAUAAGAGAGAGAGAAAACGGUGCGAGACCUUUCACUUCCCCAGAUAAUCAUUGCUCCCUGGUUCCAUGUAUAAAGAAAACCCUUCACUCUUCCUGUAUUUCCUUGCUACUUUUACCGGAAAAGCAUGUCUCCGCCGAAAUCCUCAUCGGGAAAAACCGCAAAACCCUUGAUUCCGGGCGUUUUCAACCCCACCAAUCGUCGAAUCUUUCUGCGGAGAACAUAGCCGAGAUUAGAGGAUCCACCGGGAUUCCGUCGGAGGUAGAAAUCAAAUUCCCGGAGGCGCAUGAGUCUCCGGAGAACCCCCCUCCAGGGUACUGCUGCGCGUUCGAGAUUUUCUUCUCUGCGUGCGGUCUGUCAUUCCCCCUUCCCGAACUCAUCGUGAAGAUGAUGUUCGAACUGGGCUUCGCUCUUCCUCAGAUGUGCCCUAACUUUGUUCGGACUGUCUUGUGCCUUCAAACUCUGGGGGAGGAGUUCAACUACCAGCUGUCUUUGGCCGACUUCCUCCAGGUAUACACAGUGAAGACUGGUCGUACCAAGGGCACGCUUUACGUAAGCCCGCUUUCCGGGCUAAAGGUCUUUGACGACCUGCCCGAGAAGGAUGAGAAAUGGCGGAAGUCCUACUUCUUUUUCCCGGUUAACGAGCUCACUUUCGGCCACCGCGUGAGUUCGCACGUAUCGAAGUGGACUUCGAAAAUCAAUCACUUCGAGCGCGGAUUGCUUUGCCCCACAUUCGCAGAAUUCUUCUCGAGGUUCUGCAGCCAGGGACAGAUUGCUUGGGACUCUUUUUCUUGCGAAAUAAUCAGAGAGUCCACGGCGAGGCUCGGAAGGCGUUCUCUCGUCUGUUCCACCCCCUUGAGCGUUUCGGAGAUGAAUUACAGAGAAGAAAGAGCGUGCCGAGCUGCCGAAAAAGAGGCAAAGAAACAGAUGGCGAUGGCCCUCGCCGAAGGCAAAGCUUGCAUUUCUAACAGGAAUUCCUCCGUUCCCGAGGUGAGCGGGACUUCCGUGCCUCCAACUGGCUCUCCCGAGCUUGGUACAGAAUCAACCAGGGCUCCUGCUGGCCCGUUGAUUCCUCCUGUGAUUGUCAUUGCUGAUUCUAGCGAUGAGCCACGGGAGAUCGCUGCUUCCCCCCCAGCGCCGAAGAAAACCUCUGCUGAGGCCUCCUGUCAGCAAACUGAUUCAUCAAAGAAGAGGAAGGAGCCUGAGACCGCCUCCUCUUCUCGUGAAAAGGGGCGAGCCCAGACCGGCCCAUCAGGUGGUGAGCGAAAUAGAUCUAGCUCGAAAGACAGGAGCCCCUCCUCGGAGAGGAGAUCUAAGGAGGCCCCACCGCCAAAAGACUCUGGAGAUUCCUCUGGAAGAAACCCUCUGAGGGAACAACGUCAUUCCGCCCGAGUCCCCCCUGCAUCCCCAGCCGAUCUAAUGAGGAGCUACAUUCGACCGGGUCACUUACUAAGCUACCAUUUUCAGCUAAUGAUGGAGUUUAACUCCUCGGUGGCUUCCUAUGAGGAGCAACUGUUCGCUUCCCCGUCAUCUUCCGAAGUGCAUCUCCUUCAAGAAAGGAUUGCCGACCUAGAAGCUCAGGUAAAGGAAUAUGCCCGUCUGGAAGCCGAAAAUGCUGACACCGUAGCGAAAGCCGAGCGGAUCCGAGCUCGGAUGAAGAAGGCUGAGGUAGAGGUGCUCGACCUCGGGGUUGCUAAUGAAGACCUCCGCGACAAGCUGAAGAAAGCGGGGGACCUUUACUUUGAGGCGGCAGAAGAUGCCAAGGCAGCAAAAAACAGACUGCACGANUUUUUUUUUUUUGCGUACCAUUAUUAA